ACAAUGACUGGUCGUACAUGCCUUGCCUUUGUGGCCCUGGCGGUGGCUCUGGCUGCCGCCCUCCCUCUGGACCAGGAUGCCCCCACCCAGGUGCACAUCAACCUCGGUGAUAACGAAGGCACUAGCAUGGUCGUCUCGUGGAUCACCAACGCUGCGACCGACGGCUACGUCCAAUUUGGCACAGAUCCUGAUCACCUUGACAGCUCGGCUGAUCAGAUGGAGAAGGCUUACCGUUACAACUUCCGCUCCACAUACUCGCCCGAGGUCUACACCUCUGGCCUGAUCCACCAUGCCAACAUGACUGGCCUCGAGCCCAACACCCAGUACUUUUAUCGCUGUGGUGGCAAGCAGGGUACCUCCACCACCUUCAACUUUACCACCCCACCCCCGCUUGGUAGCGUUGAGGAACCCUUGUAUAUUGCCAUGAUUGGUGAUCUCGGCCAGACCACUGAUUCAAUCAGCACCCUUGACCACAUUCGCGCUGACUUUGAGGCGCACAUCACCGUGCUCGUCGGUGACCUGAGCUAUGCCGACUCGGCCGAACAAAAUGAACCCACUCGCAACUGCACUCAGAAGCGCUGGGAUUCCUGGGGCCAGAUUGUUGAGCCUUACUUUGCUUACCAGCCACUAAUGGUCCUUCCCGGCAACCAUGAGGUGGAACAGGUUGGCCCCCUGCCCGCCACUCAAGAACAGUUUCUUGCAUACCAGAGCCGUUUCCGCAUGCCUUCUCCCAGCAGUGGCUCAAACAGCGGCAACCUGUACUACUCCUUCAACAUUGGUCCUGCCCAUUACAUCAUGCUGAACAGCUACAUGGACUUCAAUCAUAGCGACCCCCAAUACAUGUGGCUUGAGGAGGAUUUGCGCAAGGUUGAUCGCACCGUGACCCCCUGGGUUGUGUGCAACAUGCACGCUCCUUGGUACAACUCGGAUGUGCACCAUCAUGAUGAGUACGAAGAGACGGCCAUGCGUGCCUCUAUGGAGGAUUUGCUUCAUCAGUACCGCGUCGACUUUGUCUUCUCCGGUCAUGUCCACGCCUAUGAGCGCAUGUACCCCACCUACAACAACAAAACUGACCCGACUGGCACCACCUACAUUAACAUUGGCGAUGGAGGUAACCGCGAGGGUCCUGCAGAGGGCUAUUUCCCCCAACCCGAGUGGUCUGCAUACCGUGAGCCUGUUUUUGGUCAUGGUCGCCUUGCCCUCUUCAAUGCCACCCAUGCCCACUUCACCUGGCAUAAGAACGUCGACUCGGAACCUGUGGUUUCCGAUGACGUGUGGGUCAUCAAGUCUGAAAGUGGCACCCGUCACGUGGGUCCCAAGUUUGAUGGCGGUCACAUCAAGCGCCAGUACGGCCACAAGACCGAGCGCGCUGGACCCAUCCUCGCCUAAGCCCACCGAGUCACGACCGGGCUCGAUGCAACGUCGUCUUUGUUUUUCUUGUUUCAGUGUUGUUCUCACGAAUUGCACAAGAAACAACA